AUGGCCACCUCCAAAUCCCUGGACGCCUUGGAAAAGACACGAGAGUCUCUGAAAGAGAUCAAGAAACAGUUGCUUCCUUUUCUCCGUGAUCUUGUAGGAGAAUCGUCAGAAAAUGCAGGAGAGUCUGUUUCAAGACCGCUGACGGAGGAUGAGAAAGAAAAGAGGGCUCAAGCAUCCAUGGCCGUUGCCUUGGCCAUGGGGACCUUGCGCUACAUGGGCGCUAGAUUGAGAGGGCUGAACAAAGGAAGAACCGCUGAUGAUCCUUUGAGGAAAGAGCUGAACAAUAUGCGACAGCUGAUGGUCACGUUGCAGAAGAAACUUGACGAAACUAAGGAAAAGAAGGAAGCACCCAAGCGAAAGGCGGUUGAAGAAGAAAAGACUGUGGAAGCAACGCAGAAACCAACAGCUGAACCAACCCAGAAACCCGAGGCUAAACGACGAAAAACAUCCAAGAAAAAAUGA